ACAUGGGUUAGACGUCAUAAUAUGAUCGAUACCUACGGUAAAUCUGGUGAUUUUUCUUUGAUUUAUUUGUGUUCUGUGAUAAUGUAAGCCGAGGCCAUUCUCUACUUUGGGACAUUUUCUGUAUUUGGUGUGACUGUGGAUGCCUUGGCGAGAUCUUCCACAAAAUUGAAACUUAUCCAAUGCUAACAGUAUUCACGUGGAGCUUACCUGUGCAAUAUUACCUGGACCUUUUAUCAGACAAAAAACUUAACAGAUAUUGAUAAGCCUUUUUUGUUUUAUACAUUUUAUGUUUAAUCAGGGACAUCUGCCGUUAUCGAAAUUCAAGCGAGAAAAUUCGAAUGAUUAUUAAAAUUUCAAGUGUCUUGUCGGAUUGAAGGACGAAAUAUUCUAACUUUUGGGUGAAUCUACUACGAACCAAAGUUCUAACAGUUAUUGAAAAUGGAACUUUUUCACGGAUGACACUGUAAAUUAAAAUGUCCCGGACCGACUUCUAACACAGCCCAAUGUUGAUCGAGACACAUAUGGACACCAUGCCAUCUUCUGCAAAGCGUGUGUGUCGAGAAGGGAGUCUGGAAACUGACAAGGAGUCAUCCAUAGACAUUUCUCCCGUUCAGACUCCGGAUCUGGAAACUGUACGGCCAAAAACCCGAAAACACCCCAAAUCAAGCCUCAAAUCAGAGCCCGAUACAGACGACAGCCCGGUCUUCACUGAUGACGAAAGCAUUGUAGGAGAUGACGACAAAACCGGAAAUCAAGAGACUACAUCGGAAGGUCUCGGCAAUCAACAACCACAGAAGAAAACUGUUGCUCAGAUUAUGAGAGACAAAAAGAAGCAGACUGGCAUGACCCUACAAUGGCUGGAGGAGAACUACUGUAUCUGUGAGGGCGUAUGUCUCCCCCGCUGUAUUCUGUACGCACACUACCUCGACUUCUGUCGGCAGAAAUCCCUGGAGCCCGCGUGUGCCGCAACUUUUGGAAAGACAAUUCGACAAAAAUUCCCUCACCUCACCACCCGACGCCUGGGAACCCGAGGACAUUCAAAAUAUCACUACUAUGGUAUCGGAAUCAGAGAAACUAGUCAGUACUAUCAUUCUGUGUACACGGGGAAAGGACUUACAAGGUUCUCCGGGUGUAAAUUGAAAAAUGAGGGUGGAUUCACACGGAAAUAUUCACUUAGUUCAAAGACUGGCACCUUACUUCCAGAAUUCCCUAAUGCUCAAUAUCUCAUUUUACCACUCUCCAUUCCCAGAGAAAAGGUUGAGACCUUUGUAAUGAUGUAUAAGACUCAUUGCCAGUGUAUCCUGGACACGGCCAUCAACGCCAACUUUGAAGAGAUUCAGAACUUCUUGCUACAUUUUUGGCAAGGAUUGCCUGAGCAUCUGCUUCCUCUAGUAGAGAAUGAGGUCAUCAUCGACAUCAUCUGUGUGUGUGACAGCAUUCUAUACAAGGUUCUCACCGAGGUUCUUAUUCCGGCCACAAUGCAAGAAAUGCCAGAAACAUUGCUCUGUGAUAUCCGCAAUUUUUCGAAACACUGGGAGAAUUGGGUCUCUACUUCUCUAGAAAAUCUACCGGACACCCUCUCACAAAGCAAGCUUCCGGUAGCAAGACGAUUCGCACAAUCCAUGAAAAGACAAACUUCAUUUCUUCAUCUCGCACAGACGGCCCGCCCCGUGCUGUAUGACGCCCAGAUGGUGAACCAGAUGAUUGCUGACGUGGACAGCAUUGAUCUGAACAGUAUAGGCACGCAUGCGCUUCACAACACCAAUGAUGGCGGGGAAUCAGAUCUGGAACUGAAUGCCGAGUUUUUGAGAGAAUUCAAAGAGAUUCUGCGUAAGCAGGCGACAGUGGAGGCGUUCACGGAAUGGCUGGACAGUGUGGUCGAAAACAAAGUCAUCAAGCCCAGUAAACAGAACGGUCGAUCGUUCAAAAAGCGGGCCUCAGCAUUCCUCCUCAACUGGUCCUUUUUUGGAGCCAGAGUCAUGCAUAAUCUUACCUUGAACAACGCAAAAGCAUUUGGUUCCUUCCAUUUGAUCCGGAUGCUUCUUGAUGAGUACGUGCUGUUGGCGGUGGAAACACAGCUACACGUGGAGAAAGAAACUGAAAUACAGUCCCUCCUAGAAAAGCACAUGAAAACAGAGGACGGAAACGCGCGGCCCAUCCUUUCGUCUCAGUCCAGCAGCUGCUUCCUGGCCACCAAACGGGAGAACUUGAACAGCAAGAACUUCAACAACAACAACAACGUGAAGCCCGAGUUCUACGGUCAGCAGUCACCCAUAUGUCAUAAUCCAUUCAAACACGAGAAAGAGCCCCCAUUUAACAUGUCCAGCCAUAUCAACAAUAUGGCUGUCAUGGCACAGAGUGUAAUAGGUAAUCCACAACCCAAUCGAACAUCGCCAAUCAUUUUCAACCCAAUUCCACAGCUUAGGAACAGCGUGAUCAGCUAUCCGGGAUCCUCCCAGCCGUCGUUAGUCGCACCUGCUCCAUUCAGCUAUAUCGGUCAAGGAGACUACCAGCCCGGCUCUCCCUACAGCUUCGGUAGCUACGGGCCGCACUACCCGAGUGCUUUCCGAACACACCCAUCAAUGAAUCACUCACCAUAUUCCAGCGUGAAAAAUGAUCUGGAGUCAACAUAUCAUCCCGACUCUCAGUACGGCAAUCCGGAUUACUACAAUCCGAACUACACCAGCUUGUCUCAGCCCACGUUUGGGUCGCCGUCUGUGUACAGCCAGGGCUCCUCUGCCUUCAAUGUGGUACCCAGUAACCAGCCGUUCAGCGGCCUGCCUUACUCCGGAGCAGAUUUUUUCGCCAGUUCGUACAAUCCUCCAUCAAAGCCGCACGUGGAACACGUGUCGGUGAUUCAGCAGCGUUACCCGGAUGAUCCACUGAACAUUCUGGACAAGCCGAUCCGGCCGAAAGAUGGCGCUUAUAACACUAGUCCUGCUAGCUGUCACAGCCCCCCUCGCCCCGGAGUUCAUGACUUUGGAGAUGACAUCAUAAGCAUGGCGGUCAAUGGGAUGAUUACUAGUGACCAUGACCUUUCACAGGCCUACAAUGACCCGGGACCUUUGCCCUCGAUAAACACUGUGUUUAUGACGUAGUGUGUUUGUGAUGGACUUAUUGACUUAUUUCUUUUGUGAGAAUUGUGACAAGCAAUAAAGUAUUUGGUGAUGCAGUCUUGUGGAGGUGCAAUGCCAUUCGACAUUUUAUCGCAUAUCUUGCGGUUGAAGGAUAAUAUUUUUUCAAUUUGGAUGAGAUUCAUUCAUAAACUUAGUAAAACAGGAAGUAUUUACGUGAACGUGUGCACAUGUGUCAUUAAAGGGUACUUAGAUACACAGGUUAACCAGUGGCUGGAGACAGAUCUGAAUUGUAAAUAUUUUGAAACUUAUUUGUAGUGCUAUGUCUACGUAUUCAUAUCAUUAUUACGUAUAGUAAAUUUCUUUAGAUCAUAUAUUGUAUAUAUAGAAAAUAGUCAGAUAUUUCCAGUGCCUCCUAGUUCUGCAGUCUCAUUUUCCCAUUUUUGAUCAUAAGUCAAUUGCACCAUUUUGCUUCAUCAGUGCCAUAUGGAUUUUUUUAUUUGUCUCUAUCUCUCUUCCUUUUUAUUUCAAUUCAAAAAGUGUGGUUUUUAUAUCUAUUGUGAUUUUUGCAUACACAAUUUAACUCAUUCUUGUGCAAUUCACAACGAGCCGUAACGAUCAAAACAAGCUUGCCUUUCUCAAAUUGAUUACAUUAUUACAUAUGAUUACAUUAUUACAUAUGAUUACAAAUGAUAACAUUACUACACGCGUUACUGUUGCACGACUUAUCUUUAUUGUGUACAUUGGACCGCUUACAACAAUGAUUGUUUUUACCAGCUAUCAUAAAAAUGAAAUGAUAAACGCAAUAUGUAAUAUUUUGCAAUGUAAUGUUUAGAGACGAAUAUUGUAGAUGUGAUUUUUUUUAUUAUAUCAUUUUGUUAACCGUACUUGCCAUGACAAUAUAUUAGUCAAUAGUUAUAAUACAUACCAAUAUUGUUGCCUUUUGUUAUAUGAUUUAAAGACAAUUGCCUUCAGUUGACAAUUCUAAUAUUUAACCAUGAGGUGUAAAUAAAAGAUGGACGUCCAUAA